UCACUUCAAACUUGUGAGAAUUUACUUCCAGUGCUGCUGCAACGAAAAGCUGUGAUAAUACUUAGACUCAUUUGAAAAUCUUUGAGAUUUUCUGGGAUCCCAAAUAUGGAGGAGCUUGCAGCCUGUGUAACUACAAAUGGAUCAGUCUUGAACGUUUUGUCCCCUGAGAAUUGUGACAUUGAAAUUUUAGACAAUGGAAGGACCAUCAAUGAUUUCAUAGACAAUAAAAUAAAGGAACUUGGUUCAGAGGACAGUGAACAGCCAUUCUAUGUGGCAAAUGUAGAUGAUAUGGUUAAGAAGCACCUGAGAUGGAUCACUACAUUACCUCGAGUCAAGCCUUUCUAUGCACUGAAGUGCAACAGCUCACCAGCGGUUUUGAGGACGAUGAUUGCUCUGGGCACAGGUUUUGACUGUGCUAGCAAGGGUGAGAUUCAGCUGGCCCUGUCCCUCGGAGUAUCACCGGAUAAAAUCAUUUAUGCACACACAACCAAAGCACGGUCGUACAUCAAAUAUGCCCGUACUCAUGGAGUAAAUAUGAUGACUUUUGACAACGAGGAUGAACUCGUAAAAAUUUCUCUCUGUCAUCCUACAGCCAGACUGGUACUCCGCAUUGCAGUGGAUGACACUGACUCGCUGCGAAGACUCAGUUUAAAGUUUGGAGCAACACUGGGGACAGUGGAUAAGCUGCUGGGGCGUGCUCGGGAGCUGGACCUGGAUGUCAUUGGGGUCAGCUUCCAUGUAGGCAGCGGGUGCACUGAAAGCUCGGCAUUCAAACAGGCCAUAGCAGAUGCUCGACAUGUCUUUGACAUAGCGAGUUUGUUGGGAUUCCAGAUGAGUCUAUUGGAUAUAGGUGGAGGGUUCUCUGGGAGAGAUGACGUCGGAGUGAAAUUUGAAGAGGUUUCAGAAGUCAUUAAUGGAGCACUGGAUGAAUACUUCCCCUCUGACAGUGAGCUGGAGAUCAUCGCUGAGCCAGGCCGAUACUAUGUGGAAUCAUCCUUUACACUGGCAGCAAACGUCAUUGCCAAAAGAGUCGUCCUAGAUGAUACGGAACACAGCGACAUUUUGGAAAUCAGCCCUGACAAAAUGAUAAUGUACUACCUUAAUGAUGGAUUAUACGGCUCCUUGAGUUCCAUUACCCUUGCCCCUUCUCUCUACAAGUUUGUGCCAUACCUUCCCACGGCCGAUGAAGGCAGUGAGCAGAAAUACCGGUCUAUCAUCUGGGGUCCAACCUGCGACAGCAUUGACAAACUAACUGAUGACUACUGGCUUCCUGAGUUGCACGUGGGGGACUGGCUUCUCAUUGACAACACGGGGGCUUACACUGUUAGUAUAGGCACUGACUUUAAUGGCUUUGAAAGAACACACAUUUACCCUGUUGUGACAGCUGAAACAUGGCACGCCUUAAACCUUUCUCACGCCUAAAACAUUAUCUGUUAAUGAUGUGAUAACACUUCUCUCUGAGUUAAGUCUGAUAUAGUCACACAGUAUAUAGUAUAGGGGUAGUCAGGAUGCUACCAAUAUUUUAACAUUGUCAAACUACUUUUCUUAGUAUUAAUUUUACAUUAAGUCCUCAGGGUUACCAGUAAGAUCUAUGACAGUAAUGUCAGGUUUGUGGGUUUUUUUUCUGUAAAACGUGAGGUGUUGUACAAUAAUAUAUGGUGUACAGAUCAUGGAAAUAAUCAGUACUGUAAAUAAGAUUCCCAAUUCUGUUAUGUUGGCACCCAUAAUUACAGCAGAUGCAGAAGAUGGAAAUGUAAUAAAAGUGGACUAUUUAGAAAAAAAUUAAUAAAAGCUCACCCAUAACGUU